AUGACUUGUCAAACAAAUGCAAGCCGCUCGCUCGUACUCUCUCCCGAUUUCGCGGCACUCGAUGUCGCUCGGUACGAUUCGAUAAUCUUCGUGUCGUGUAGAUGCGGGCGGGCUCCGCAGCGCUGCACUGCUAGCGAGCUGUUAUGGACGGUCGACAAGGCGGUCUGCACGGAGGAGUCUGGCGCGGCUCGCCUGGAGGCUGUGCUAGUCGCGCUCGUGGAGAAGAAGGCUCGUGCCUUGCACGCAGAGCACGCGCGACGCACGCACCCGCUGCUGUUACUGCUGAGAAGUCAUGUGUCUGAUGAAGAGGCGUCGAUCGUGGACAGCCCCGGCGAAAGGCUGCCGUCACACUGGUGCGAGAACGAAUACGACAAGAGGCAUCGGAAAAAGAAACUUAAAUUACAGACACACAGAGACGAGCUCAUCAGUCCCGAGGAAUUGGAAAUGGAGCGACGAAGGAGGCGCCGCAAGAGACACGCACACACGCACACGCACACACACACACACAAGCCCCGCAAACAUCGCACGCUGCUCGUGUCCGCUAUAGACGAGCAGGCUAAAGUUAUACAUGUGUUAGAUCCGGAUGAAUUGCCUCGUCGAGCUCGUUAUACCAUCAUGGUGACGGCCUGUCUCCUGCUCUUUCUGUGUCUCCUGCUUGUGGGAGUAACCUUGAGGAUGGCGCCGCUUAUUGAUGAUAUGGGUAAUUUAUUUUAA